AUGUACCGCCUUGGCAGCAAGAAUCCACGUAAGGACCAGCAGGUGCAGGAAAAACUUUCGGGUGCAGCGCCGACGAUGUCCGUGGUGCGGCCGCUUCGUACACGACAAAGUGGAGUUCCAUCUCCCGCCCAUUCCCCUCCCCUCAACACCGCUCAAGGUGAUCCCUCCCGCCUGUCACCCUCCCGCCUGUCACCCUCAACAAGAAGGGGGGGCGCCACAGCUCCGGGGCCUCAGGGCCAGAGGGCCAAGGAGACGGGGAGCAUCACGCGGGACCCUGCUAAGGCUCGGUCGCGAAUGGACGCAUUUUCUUUCGAAGGAAACUGCACAGCUUACAAAUUUCGCGGCAAACUUUGCCCCUGUCUUAAGGGCGAGAAAGUCGUUUACUUGACGAACGCCAGUAUUUCCAACGGGUCUAUAUCAACUGUACCUCUGAGCGUUGCUCCCUACGUCAACACAACUGUAAAUAAUGUCGUGUUCAAGCAAUACCAGCUCCAACAGCAGUUGCUCUCGGUUGUCUCCUCGAAAUUAAUGGUUCCUCCCGAACGUCUUAGCACUGUCUUCAACUCGGCUUACCUCUUUCCUCAAGAAGAUGGCAGCUAUAAUGGUAUUAUGGUCUACAAUCUGGACGUGGCUUCGUGCGUUACCGACACUACAUGCGGUUUACCCGUCCUUUUCCGCAUUACUGUGCCAACUUACUACUUCCUAAAUGAAUGCGGCAACACAAUUGACCUCGACCUGACCCCUUCUCAACUUGGGUGGGCGGUGUUCUCACACCCUGGCUUUGGGUGCAAGCCAUUCCCCGACGGUCCGACCUACAACUGCACAGCCACGUUCAAGAGUGUCAUUUCUGCCAAACUUUUUGUUUAUACCGGCUUUUUAACUGGCAAUGACGGUUCCUGCGACGGCUACACGGCGAAAGUUACCUACGGUCCUAUCGGCAUGACGCAACAAGAUUCUGAUUUUUGCAUCGAUAAAUUGAACGGAGGCGGCAACGUUAUAACCAUCACUCUGCGAGGCUCUGCGACGGCGAAGACUUUCAAGGCGGGAUUCAAUUUUCAGUUAAAUGGAUAAUGAUUAAUAAUCAUUAUCCAGUCUUUCUUUUGUUAGUGUUGCCCUUGGAGCUCUACUCGUAUUCAUUGCUACGUUCACAUCUAUCGUUGGGGUCUAGAGAUUGGCGAUUUCAACUUCAUAAAUUUCAUAUGCCAACUCAUUUUUAAAUAGGCUUAUAUCAGAGAAAUAAUUGAGACGCGUUUCUGUACCAUCACGUUUUAAUUAUUUUCUUGAAACAAAACCAUUUGUUCAAGAUGAGUUGGAUUAAAGUUUGAAAUUAUUGAGAGAAAGUUUUGAUAAUGCGAGUACGGGGUAUCAUCGAAACUCGACUACCUGACACUAGUAAGUUAUCCAGAGACGAAGGGAUGAGCCAAAAAGUGUCAAUCGUGAGCCCAAUGAGAAACCAUUAAAAAUACAAGAACUAACCAAAUGAAGACCUAAAAGGUGUGAUGUCUUAAUCAAACGAGAAUUUGACGAAAAUUCUUCAUUAUAUGUUUUUCUACCUAACUAACGCUCGGAGGAGCCAGUCACUGCUGCUUAUAUACGCUCGACUAACCAAGGAAAUUUUUCGAUCUGUAAUCAAGUAAAUGAAAAUUCGGAGACUCAUUAUUGAUGUUAUACCGCACCCUAAAGUGGCUGAAAGAAUAUGAAGAAGAGACGCUAGACACGAGUGUGUUACUUUAGCUGUGUGAAGUGGUGAUGCCACGCACGAGUGUGUUACUUUAGCUCCGUGAAGUGGUAAUGCCACGCACGAGUGUGUUACUUUAGCUGCGUGAAGUGGUGAUGCCACGCACGAGUGCUGUUACUUUAGCUGUGUGAAGUG